AUGAACGUGAUUCAAGUGGGAACAAAUAAUAGGGAUCACUUUUAUGUGUUAACAGAUAUCGGAGAAGUUUUAACAUUUACAAUUCAUGAUGUUUCUCGUGAGAGUAGUAAAUUUACAAAGAUUGAUUUUGAAUUGGGAGUAAAGGAAAAAAUCAUCAUGAUUGCACCAUCUGAUUAUGGAGUUUUUGCCUUGACGAAUUUUGGGAAAAUUGUAACGUAUUUGGCUAAGAAUGGAAAUUCAUUCAAUCGUUAUGAAAAACAGAUUUUCAAUCCGAUGGUUACAUUGGAUGCAUCUAAAAUUGUAAAGAUUAGUUCAGGAGGACAUGAUUCAUUGAUUUUGGAAAGAGAAAGUGGAAUGAAAACAGUUGUUUCAACUCGUAAUACUACAUCCGAUGAACCGUAUUCCUCUGCACCUUUAUUAGAAAUGAAAGUUCCUUUUGUAACUUCAUCGAAUUAUGCAACAUAUUACACAGAUGGAAAUGAUGAUUCAGUGUUGCAUCAGAUGACUGAUAAUCAAUAUUCACUUUAUUAUUCGAGUAACAGAACUAUAAUAGAUCAUAUUGGAAUUAAUAAUUGGGUGGGAGGUUCUGCCAGACAUCAUCACUCCCUCUUUAUUUCCUCUGAUGGAUUAGUUUAUUCUUUGGGAAAAAAUUACGAAACCUUACUGUGUGGAGAGACAAUGAUGGAAGAUAAAAAGAUUACCAAAUUGAGUGUGCUAAGGAAUGUGGAAAAUGUCUAUCAAUGCAAAGACUAUUUAGAAAUUCAUGGAAAGAAUAAGCAUUACUUUUCACUUGCUAGAACCAAGACAGGGCAAUUGUUUUCAUGGGGAGGAAAUGCUGAAAAGCAAUUAGGGAUAUCGUCAGAUAGGAAAUAUGCGAUAUUCCCUUGUUUAAUUACAGCUCUAUAUGGAAUGAAAAUUGCACAAGCAGACUGUGGAUAUAGUGUAGCUAUUGCUCUGUCAGAGAAUUACUCAACUGCCUUUUCAGAACUGUUAAAUAAGGAAACACUUAGUGAUUUGAAAAUUGAGCUCUAUGCUAACAACACAUCAGAAACAAAAGUAAUUUAUUUACACAAAUGUAUAUUAUUGGCUAGAUGCCCUACCUUACUAAGUUUAAUUUUGAGCGGUAAACUAAACUAUUUCUUGAGGAAACUAUUGAUAGAUUCACAAGCAAAUUAUGAAAAUUACCAAAACAGAGAGAACCUUAAAAAUUCAGAACAAGUCACUUCGAGAAUAGAUUGUACAGAUCCUGAGGACAAUGAGGAUCAUAUUGCGAAUGUUUACAAUUCUUUUUUAGUUGUGCUACACUACCUAUAUGUUGAUGAUUUGGAUUUUUUAUCAAUGGAUUUAGAUAAGAAUAGAGAAAAUGUGGCAAUGGUACAAGAGCUCAUUAAUUUUUUCUACUUCCUCGAGCUGAAUUAUUUCAAUGAUGAAACUUUUGUGAGUUAUAGUAUGGCACUGAGUUGUAAUAUUGAUCAUUCUCUUUUGAAAUCAUUUAAGGAAUGGAACUUUUCAUCGAGGAAAUUGGAAAAUAUGUCUCAAAACAAUAGAAUGAUGAGAGCAUUUGCUUUGGAUAGUUCCAAUUCAAAUAUUGAUACAAAGUUUGCUGAGCAGAGAAUUGGAGCUCACAUGCUUUCAAUUAUGGGAAAAGAGGAUACUUGUGAUGAUUACAAAUUAUCGCUUCAGAGCAAAGAUGGUUCACUCAAUGUUUCCCUACCACUUCACAAGGUCAUUCUAACAAAUUCCAUUGAAUUUUUCAAGGGAGUAUUCGAAUCCAAUAUGGAAGAGGAAAAGAGAGGUGAAAUGCAUUUGACCAUGGAUUCAAGUGAAGAUUUAUAUCUAUUCCAAUUAGAAAAUGUCAUUCCUCUCCUUUAUCAUGCUUAUUGUGGAUCCAAUUCUGAGAAUGUGCAAUACCUAUUCAUGGAUCAAUUCGAUGCCAACCUCACAUUAUCAAAUGCAUGUGAAUGCUUGGCAGUGGCCAAUUAUUUUGCAUCACGAGAGUUUAAAGCUUCAUGUGAAACUUUCAUUUCCAAAUUUAUAGCAGUUGAGAAUGCAAUUCCUCUUCUCCUUGUCUGUGAAACACACGAAGCAUACAGUCUCAAAGAGCUUGUCAUUGAUUUUGCAGCUUCACAUUUCGAAUCGAUUCAAUUAAUUCAAGAGUUUCAUGAUGAAAUUUCUGAGGAAAUUCGAGAACAUGUCAAGAAAUUGGCUAGAAAGAGAUCCAAGAAGAUUUUGGACAGAAAUAUUUUGGAAAAGUAUUGGAGGAAUGAAAUUAAGGAACAGGAGCUUUUUUAUGAACCGAAACCUGCCACAUCAAGUAGCUCAUCUACAACUUCUACCACUCAAUCCUCGAAUAGAACAAGAAAACCUUCGAUAUUUUCCCGACUUUUCAAAGCAUUCCAAUAA